AUGACCGUUGGCCUUGAGUCGCGGCUCGGGGGCUCCGCUGUGAAUAACGGGGAAUGCAAAGACAACGGAGCCGAAUUCUUUGCCAAGGGCAUAUUCAAGAAAGAUAAUCCUACAAGAGCUCUCUGCAAGACCAUUAUACACUUUUGGAAAGAUCAAAGGAUAUUACGUGUGAAUAAGCGCAAAGCUACUGUCGAAAUGGACUUGAAGUCGCAAACCGUAUCCGCCUCGCCUCGCUUGAUCAUUCAUGGCGGUGCUGGCAAUAUACGGCCCAUGUCACCACAGAAAUAUGCCCAAUAUCGCGAUGCACUACUAAAUAUCAUAACCAAAACAAACGCGUACAUGACCACUCCUGUAUCUCUCAAGCAAGAAGCACGCUCGUCAAGGACUGGAUGCCCAUCAGCUUUAGAUAUUGCGACGUAUGCUGUUGAGUUGCUAGAGAAUAACCCAUUGUUCAAUUCUGGCCACGGUGCUGUAUUUACUCGUGAUGGCAUCAACGAGUUGGAGGCAUCGGUCAUGGUAUCAAGUGGUUUUGCAAAGCGAGGCGUCGGGGUGACUGGACUUCGACGAGUCAAGAAUCCCAUCUUGCUUGCCCGGAAGAUGCUAGAACAUGGAGAAGGCGAUCUGAGAGGAAAAGCGGAUCUUGGAUGGGCAUCGAGAGACGAGGCUGGAGAAAACUUGGAUAUUCCUUCCGCCCAGGGGCAUACGCUGGUGCACGGUCCCAGUGCAGAGCUUCUCGCGACAAAAUAUGGCCUAGAUCUGGUAGAGCCAAACUACUUUUUCACGCAGACACGAUGGGACGAGCAUGUACGGGCCCUAGAGCGUGAAAAGUCGGAGCAUCAGGUACACACAGAGUCGUGGGCAACAGCUACUUGGAGCGCAGACGAGUUUCUCCCGCAGGGGACAUGUGGUGCAGUGGCACUUGAUGCCGAUGGAGUCAUUUGUUGUGCCACCAGUACCGGCGGCAUGACCAAUAAGCUGACUGGACGCAUUGGAGAUACCCCCUCGAUGGGCGCUGGAUUCUGGGCGGAGCAAUGGGAAGAAGACGGUACCCCGACAAUGUCGCCCUCGAGGCGCGCGACUCCGCCAUGGACAGCUUGGAGAGAGUAUCUGGGCGCACAAAGUCCAGUGGUGGAGCUGAGCACUCAACUGAAGAGCAUGGUUGCCCAAUGCCUCCCUACUCCGUUCAUCUAUCAACCGGUGGCGCAAGACCAAAGGCUAGUAACUACGAGAUCUGCGGGCCUCUCUGGAACGGGAAAUGGCGACUCGUUUCUUCGCGUGGCGGCCGUGAGGACUGUUGUCGGUAUAGCUCGCUGGACUGGCGUGUCCACUGCCGAGGCACUGAAGCGUGUAGCCGGCCGGAAUGGUGAGUUGCAAAGGAGCGCCGGCGAUCGUUGGGGCAAGACGGGGGAGGGCGAAGGAGGUAUGAUUGGGAUCGAGGCAGUCGUCGUGAGAGAUGCAGCCAGUGGUGACAUUGUCGACAUUCGACACGAGAUCCUGCAGGACUUUAACUGCGGAGGCAUGUUUAGAGCAUGGAUUGAUGAGCACGACCAUGCAGUCGUGAGGAUAUUCGAUGGUAUCAAGGAUGGCGACUAUGCAGUUCAUGGUUAG